GAUCUCUCUCUCUCUCUCUCUCUCUUUCUCUCUCUUUUUCCCUCUCUGUUAUUUUCUGUGUGUUUCUUUUCCUCCUCGCUGCUGCUGCUGCUGUUUCUGCUGCUGCUGUUGUAAAAGCACAAUUAAAAACAGCACGGAGGGAGCAGAAGCCAUAAGAUGAAGAAACGUCAUGUGGACGCGAACAGGCUACGGAAAAUGAAGAAGCUGAAGAUAACGGAGAAGCUGUCUGAAAGCGCGUACACCGUCCUGAAGUUUAUGAUGAUGUGGACGCUGGUGCUGCUGGCAGAUUUCAUCCUCGAAUUCAGACUGGAGUAUCUGUGGCCGUGCUGGCUCUUCUUUGGAAGUGUAUACACCACUUUCCACUGCCACGGGCUGGUUAUUUGUGUUGUUUUUGUUUGUGCGGCCUUCACUCUGGACAUCUUUUGUUUAAUUUUUGUUCCUUUGCACUGGCUGUUCUUUGUGGCGAGCACCUAUGUAUUAUUCAAUUACAUAUGGCACACAGAAAAAGGCAUCUGCAUAUCGACAGUGUCGCUGUGGAUUCUGCUCGUGUACACAGAAGCUUCACUUCGACUCAAAGACCUUAAAACCUCUCAUGCCAACCUGUCUCAUCUAUUUGCUGCACACUGCAUUGGAUAUCCUGUGGUGUAUCUGGGGUUUUAUGCCACCUGCUAUUUCACCAACAUCUUCAAGCUGCGCAUACAGAAAUCAGUGCAGAGCGAGAACGACUUCCACAUGCACCUCCUGCAGCACUCGCUCCCUCCAGGCCUGCAGGUUUACCCCAAGACUGGCACAGAUGGCAGCAGCAGCUCUAAAUGGAAGAUAAAGUCUGAGUCGACUCAGUACCAGUGUCAGAACGGCGCUGUCGUGGCCCACGAUGAGGGACAUACUGUGGACUGCCUCCAGAUCCGCAGUGAGGAGAGAGCGACAGAGAAAGGAACACAGGAGGUGAGGUCAGCCGAAUCAAACCGGCGGCCGUCAUCAUCCAAACCUGGUGAGGCCAGAGAUCUGCUCCACUGCGGGGCAGGAGGACCAGAAUCCUCUACGACCCCAGAAAAUCUACCUCAAGAUGAGCCAGGAAGCAAAGCCACACGGCCGGCUAAAAGCUCCUCGCCAAAAGCCAGCAGAGGCAGCACAAACACUCCUUCGCCACCUGCGGGGAGGACUGAGAAGAAACAGAGAUCCAGCUCAAAGACAGUCAGCCCUAACCGGGACGCAACAGACAAGAGCACAGCCACAGCAGCUCAGAAUUACCACGCUGAACACAUGAACAAGCUGGAGCAGGAGCUGAGGAGGCUGAAGGGCGAGCUGCAGACGAGCAGGCAGAGUGAGCAGGAGCUGCGGAGUCACAUCUGCAACUUGACCAACAGCGAGAGGAGCCUGAGACCAGAGGUUUCCCUGCUCAGACAGUCCAACAUGCUGCUCCACAGCAAGAUUCUGUGUCUGACUAAAACCAAGCAGAGGGACAAACAGAGCAGUGCGAUGCUGGAGAAGAAGACCAGAGCGGAGACGGAGGCCAGACUCUCCGUUGAGAAACAGUUGGCUGAGCUUCAGGCUCAGAAACUGGAGGAAGCAGCCAGCACAGCACGGAGUCUGACAAACAGGCAGGAACACUGUGAAACCCAAAUGUUAAGGAAAAGAGUUAAAGAUCUAGAGACAGAAUUCAAACAACUACAGCUGGAGUAUCAAGUGAAAGAGAGUCGUGUGGUAGAUCUAGAGAGUGAUAUUGAGGCUUUGGGAAAGUACCGCUGUGUGGAGAAAGAGACAGACAUGCUGCUGUCCACUCUGUCAGCCAUGCAGGAGAAGGCUCAACAUCUGGAGUACAACCUGAGCGCUGAGACUCGCAUCAAACUGGACCUGUUCUCGGCUCUAGGAGACGCCCGCAGGCAGCUGGAAAUUGCUCAAGAUAAAGUGAUGAAGCAGGACCGCGAGAUAAGGGAGAUGAAGCAGAAGAUUGCGGAGGUGAUGGCUGUCAGUCCCGGCGUAUCCUACAUGGCCCCUCGGCCUCCCGUGCCGCAGUAUCUCACCAAGUUACUCAACUCUGAGCGCUACAUGCUGAAUCCACGAGCACUGAUGUACCAGUGUUUGAAGAAAUAAAGGAUGUCAUCUCCUUUUUUCUGAUCCUCAGACCUCUUUGGCAAACCCCCUCAUUAUAAAACAAUGAAGGGAAGGGGCUAAUGGAUUUUAUUACAGAGCUAAAUGACACCACGAAGUCAACCACUUCCAGCCAUGAGUGGAACCAGAAUGAUCCUCCACAAGUCGAAUGCCUUUCGCUGCACUGAUGGUGCUAACCUGACAUUAUUACAUAUAUUUCCUGAUUCAUCACACAUCAAGGGUCGAAGAGUUUCACUCCAAAAUAAGAUAUCUGAUAUGCAGAGCUGCUGUAGGCACACUUUUUAUGUUAAGAUACAGUUGUCCUAACAGCACGAACCGUUUACGUUGGGAUGCGCCAGAGAAAAGCACAAACAUUUGUUCAGAUUCAGAUCCUGUAGAUUUGUGUAAAAUCUGGUUUCAUUUCUACACAAGAGACAAAACAAGUGUUUCUAAGCUCAUGAGUCCUGUUAACUCGGGUCAAAGACAGCUGCGCCCGAUUGUUCUGCCUCUCUCGUCUAUUGCCAGAAACUCAGAUCUCAGAUCAGUGAUCGUGAAUUUUCCGUUUUACUCAUGUCACAGUUCAGAAUUUACGGGUAGAUAAAUCUCGGUACCCAACGGAUCCACUAAUAAGUUACUGACUGUUGCCUUAAAAGACCUGAUGACUCUCCACAACUCUUGUUUUUCUUGGUAUAAAAGUAAAACUAACCACUCAAUAUUAUUUAUGUCUUCAUCAGAAGAAUUGUACUUACAAAGUUGUAAGACUUUAGAGACGAUAGUAACCUCUGUUUUAAUUAUUACACAAUGAUCUUGAUCUGACUAAAGAGUUCAAACUAACAUGAUAAAAUGUUAAAAUCUUGAGCCAAAUCCUCUUUAGUAAAUAUAUUUAUAUAUUAGAACAAAAGGAUCUAAUAAGCCUAUAAACCACAGACAUCUACUUGUGUCCCAGUGAGCUGUGAUUAGCCAGCAUGAACAAUACCAGGACCCUGAAACUGAAGCAGCUAAAUGGAAUUCAGCCAACAUUAACUUUCAUAUGCUUUGUUCCCUGUGGUUGAGCCCCAUUCAAAUAUUAAUAUUAAAGAUUUCCUGCUGUCACAUAUUUUGGUAAAAUGUGUUCAUUUAGACGUCAGAACUGUGAACAAUGUCUCAAUAUAUUUAUAGAGAAAUUAUAACAUUAAUUAUAAUUAUCUCCAAGCCCUAGUUACAGUAGUCGUGUUUAUGGGCUUCCUUUGGAUUUUUAAAAUGAAAUAAAACCUUUAUUUGAUGAGAUACAAAUGUUAGGUCCAAUUCUAUAUACAAUUCUCUCAAAGCAUAAAUAUACUUAUUAACGAACAGCAUCAGCAUAUUCUUAACUUUUAAGUAAAGUAUGCAACAAGAUGCUCUUGUCAGUGCCUGUAAAUAGUGGAUUAAGGUGAUUUGAAAUUGUGCUGAAAUUCAGAUUUCCGGCUGUAAUCUGGGAGUUUCUGUAAAAACUAUUAAUAGUGAUGUUUAGUUGUUGGAGUGAUAAAGUUGAGGAGCUGUGAUAAUCUUUUUUGUUUGAACUGACAGCUACAUUUUGAUGUACGGCAGCUCUCAGCUCCACAAUGGCAAACUCCUGGAAAAGAGACGAAGGGUGAUGAAAGCAAACUGAACGGUUGCUACUUUUAUUUAUUUAUUUAUUUAUUUGUUUAUUUAUUUAUGUGGGCCAGAAUUAGACUUAAAGUCCCUGAGUUAAAGUUGUGAAUAACAAACAAGGAACGGUGUUGACCGAACGUGAAUUUAAUUACUGUGCCUAUAUACAUUACUUUCAAACUGGGAAGUUAAACACAAAUUUAAUGUGAAAGAGUAAUGUGUUUGAAUUGAAGUGCUAUGUACUGUUUUUGUAGUUUUUUUGUUUCUUUUUCUUUCUUUUUUUUUACUCACAAUGUACAGAAUUGAAAAAUGCCCACGCAGCUGAAAACUACUCAUGAACUGGAUGUCGCCAUUUUGGUAGCUUUUUAUUUAGAGUACGUUUCUAGGGUGUUUUAUAUCAAAAAUAUUUUUUAGUCUUGCUGUACUUUUAUUAUACUGCUGUAAUUUUGUACGGCAAUGUGUUCGUCAGCAUGAAAUGUGUUUUAUUCAACUGUUAUUUGAGCACACAUUGUGACUUUAAGUAUGUACAUGAAUAUACUUGUACAAGGGCUACAGUUUCUUAACAUUUUGAACAAAUAAUGAAUUGAAACAGUGAUGCUCUGAGAGUAGAGAUCACGCUCCUGAGACACCAGGAUGGGUUUUUUUGUAUAAAUAAUUUAAACAAUUGAA